AUGGACACAGUCUGUGAAAAACACACAUUCUCUGGGAUAAUCAUUGAGAGAAGGAAUUUGAAAACGACAAUCCCUCUGCUUUCAAAACACUUACUUUCAAAAGAUAAAAUUCCAAGCAUCAUUCAGUUAAAUAAGUCUUAUGAGACAUUCACUGGAAAAAUUCUGGAUACCGAAGAUACUUUUCUCCGUUUAAAGCAGCAGUUUAGUAUCGACGUUAAUGAUUUAUACUUUAGCACUAAUUAUCUGGUUAUUCUCCUGAACCAAGCCCCAACUGACUUACAAGCCUUUCCAAUGGUUAAUUUUGAACUUACCUUAAAUGCAAAAUUUUUCUCACACACUGAGCUUAUUUUUAAGCUUACUAAUGGCUGCAUACAGUUUAGUGCAUAUGAAGUCAUUGGGGACAUCGUACAUCUUAAUUUAACCGAGGAACAACAGAAGUACAAGAAAACGAUAGCAGACACUAUAUAUUUCAAGACUGGAAAGACAGUAAUAAACAAAACCGGGAAAAUCGAAGCAAAUUUCCGCUUUUAUCACAGUGAAAUUCUUGCGGGUCCCAGAAAACUGACAACAAUUCAUAAAGAAAAUGAUGUAAAGUUUUUUCUUGAUUUGGAAAAAGUGUACUGGUGCUCCAGACUACAAUCGGAAAGGAUAAGGAUUCUUAAUCUUAUCAAAAAGAAUGACGUGGUCUGCGAUCCAUUUUGUGGAGCAGGCCCUCAUGUGGUUCCGGCAAUCAAAAAAGGUGCAGUUGCGUUGUGCAAUGAUCUGAACCCUGCAGCCAUUGACUGCUUGAGAAAAACACUUGAGAUUAAUAAAUUAUCAUGCGACUGUGUUGAGAACAUGGAAGCCAAGGACUUUCUUUUCAGGAUACGAGACAUGCAUGUCAAUCACUUCAUAUUUAAUUUGCCCGAGUUUUCGCUUGAUUAUAUCAAAUUCACAGAGUGUUUUAAGGGUACAUUCUGGCUACAUGUAUUUUUCUUUCGCAAAAACAAUCAAAGUUGUCAAGAGAUAAUAAAGAAACGAACGGGAUAUGCCGUAAAAGAUACCUGGCUGAGAGAAGUUCGCAAGGUUUCCCCAUCAAAAAGUGUCUUUAAACUUGAAGUUAACAGCCACGAGUUUUUUAGUUUUCAGAAAAACUAG